UAAUUUAUGCAUUCAGAGCGAAUUUCCAAUUGUUUUCUUGGUAAUGAAGUCGUGUUUAAAGUCCAUAAGAAAUGCAUUAAUUGCAUGUAUAUUGCUGUUUUUCCUCUAUCCCUAAGACUGCUUACUUAUGAUAGUUGUACAUUAUUACAUACCUUUUGGUAGCAAAGCAGAAGACAACAGGUUGGGAUUUUCCAUGCUAAGCAUUAAUUAUUCAUACCCACGUCAUCUAGUUUCAGUUCUGAUGUUUGGCUGUGGUCCUUUUUCCAGUUUUCAGAACAAAAAAAAACCUCCUAUGACAAACAGGUUUGUAGGUUGUCAUAGGAGACGAGCUGUGGGUGUGCGUCUGCAUGACAUAGCUGAGUGGGCAGACCAAAGUGCAGCACGCCACGGCCAGACAGGAAAAGACGGAUUUGUGAAUGAAGUUGAAUCAGAAUCAGACCAGCUCUUCUGCUGACAGGAUUUAAAAAGGGCUGUUCAUAAAUGUGAUUUUAUUUAUGGUUAAUUAUUUUUCUUAUGAAACAGAGGGAAUUUGUUUCAGACCACCUGGCGAUGUAUUUUUGGCUUUGCCUCGUACUUGGAGCGAUCUUCUUCAAGGGUGGUUAUUCUGCAGAUGUUCACCCUGAGAAGGUCGUAGCCUUUGCUGGUGGAAACGCCGUCCUCCCCUGCAAGUUGAAAAUCCCUGUGAGUGAUCACGUUUCGAUAGUGGAGUGGUCCAAGCAAGGCCUGGACUCAGACAUCGUCUUCUUGUACCGUGAUGGCUUUGAGACCUUUGAGAUGAAGAAUUUGGACUUUGAGUUCAGGACGAGUCUCUUCAUGAGAGAGGUGAAGAAAGGGAACGUCUCACUGAGGAUCUCCAACCUGAAGCCGUCAGACGCCGGGAUCUAUCAGUGUUUGAUCAUCCAAAGGAACGGAAGCAGAGAGGCGACAAAAGUAGAGCUGGCGGUUGCUGCAGCGUCUGAGCCGAAACUUGCAGUGGUUUUUAUUGAAAGUGAAGGAGCGACUGUUGCAUAUGAAACAAGCUGCUGGCUGUCUUUGGAUGAUAAAGGAAAUGACAUCACUGAUGAGGGGCCAAACCAGGAAGAAGAUUCUAGAGGAUGCUUCUCCUCUAGGCAAAAUUUCUCUAUGCAGGAUUCCACAAGAAGGAUUGUCUGGAGAAUGAACCAACCACAAAUGGAUCAGAACAGGACUGCAGAGAUCCUCCUUUCAGUUUCCUGUACAAGGCUCAAGUUUGAAAUUUGCUGCAUUGUUGGAGUGAUUUCUGUUAUCUUGCUUUUGUCUGGAAUCUCAAUUUGCAUGUGGCAGACCUCUUGCAAAAAUGCGAGGAAGAAAAUCAACCAAAGAAAAUCAUCCGACUCUGAUUUGAGAAGUGUGAACUGUGAAAUGAAUAAUCUUUUGAAUAACACAGCUGAAAACACAGGAAAAAUCAAGAUUGAGGAUCUAGAGAAACAGAUUUACGAUCUGAAAUUAGAGAGCAGUCACAAAGAUGAGACUAUCCGUAAACUACAGGAGGAUAUCCGAUCUAUGGGUGACGUCUACCAGCAUAACAAGACAACACAUUUCCAAAGUUCUUCUGAAUCCCAGCAGAAUAUUCUGAGAUACCUCACCCAAACUCCAGACCUCAACACAGACACCAAAAAGAUCCAGAAAAAGUCUUCAAAACAUGUAAAAUUUGGUCAUGAAAAGCUAAACAGCAAACUGAGUCCUGGUCGAUCAUCGAAAAGAAAAUUAGAUCAAAGCAACAUGUCAACUUUGGGUGCCUCAGGUUCUGCAGCUGGCCUCAGGUUUCUUGUCCAUCCCACAAAUGAUCACUUAAUUAAUCGUGAUUAUAGUGACACAGUGGUUCACCGCAGGCAUUUUUCAUGGCCUUUAAAUCCUUUAGAGUCUUCUAACCGUUAUUCUCCUCUGGCUGAUAUGACAGAGUAACAAUGUUUGGAUAAAUGUAUUGUUUUCAUAGCUACUUAUACCUGCACCUCUCAUUAUCCCACUGCCUUCUUUCCUUCUUUCAGCAGUCAUGUUGGAUGAUAAUAAAAAAGUAA